AAAUAAUAAUUUUAAUUACAAUAAAAUAAAAAUGGAGAAAAAGUCAAUUUUAUGGGACACAUGAUGUAAUUUCCCAAAACAAAACAAGGAAACCCUUGGGUUGCCCAAGUGCCCUAGCCUGAAUCUGAUAUCGCUCUUCCCUCUUCUCCCCUUUCUCUUUUCCCUUUGGGCGUACACAGCACUCCUUUCUCGCCGUUUUCCCUCCUGGAUGCUAGCCUGCUCACCUUCGUUCUCUAAUGGCACAGAGUCAUUUGCCCGAGUCCGACCCACAGAUUUCUUCUUCUGAUGAAGAAUCUGAAGAAGAAAACGGACAGGAAGGAGAAGAAGGGGAAUCCGAAGAUGAGUCUGAGAAAGAAAAGGCUACUUCAACUCCACCUUCGAAGCUAACUGUGGAUAAAAAAUCUUCUUCCAAGACGCCAGACUCUGUUCCCAGCUCUAAACUACAGUCUUCUUCCCCCGUCUCUGGAUCUGAGUCUGGAUCCGAGUCAGGUACGGAGCCUGAUUCCGAUUCUGAAUCGGACGCUCCACCGGAAAAAGUUCAUCGCCCCCCUGCAGUUGAUUCCAAUGUAAAACCUCUGGCCUUGAAAUCCGUGGAUACUUCCAACACGAAGAAGCCCAGAUCAAAGCUGGGUGCGGCAAACACAGCAUCAAAAUCUAGCGCUGCAGCUAAGCGCCCGGCGGAGAAUGAUCGUGAUGGGAAGGAUACGAAGAGGAUGAAGAAGGGAUCAGAUUCCGGUGUGGGCAAUGUAGAGGACGAUGCAGGGAAGAAAUCCGCUGAUGAUUCAAAGAAGCCGCUUUUUAAGAGGUUGUGGAGUGAGGAUGAUGAGAUUGCAAUUUUGAAGGGUGUGAUUGAGUACAAGUCCAAGAAAGGGGCAGAUCCAUCCGCCGACAUGAAUGCCUUCCAUGCUUUCAUAAAGAAAUCUCUUCACGUUGAUGCUACGAGGGGCCAAUUGGCUGAUAAAAUUCGCAGGUUAAAGAAGAAGUACGAAGUCAAUGUGGAAAAAGAUAAAGUGGGUCAGGACAAGACUCAAUGGAAGCCCCAUCAACAUAGGGCUUUUGACUUGUCGAAGAAGGUAUGGGGUGGUGAAAGUAAUGGUCCAAUCGUGAGGGAGGGAGUUGAGAAGCAGAAUAAGCAGAACAAGUCAAACGGGAAAUUGAAGAGUUCAAAAACUGGUGAUCAGCCGCAUGAACACAAUGACAACUUGGGUCCAUCUGAAUGCCUGGGCGAGUCAAUUCAGUUGGAAAAAACUCUGAGUACAUGUGGUUUGCGGGAAGAUGUGAUUAAACGGGGAUUACAGAUAAUAGGGGCUGCCGAGAAGUCGAAGCUGGAGGAGCAGUGGAAGAAUUUUCAAGUGGCUGAGGUUGAACAUUUCUUAAGGCGGGUGGAGUUGAUCCAGGAGCAGGCAAAACUGAUCUUAAAAGCCAUUAAAUCUUCAAUGAAUUAGGGUUCUGGUGAGACAAUGAAUGCUUCAUCUUCUUUUAUGGCAUAGAAUUUUCUGGUUAGAUGUUCUCUUUGUGUUUUUAAUUUAGGAGUCUAGCUAUGACAGUUUGUUGUACCUAUCACCAUAGCAUACAAUGUUGGAUAUCUUUUUUUUGGACAGUAGGCUGUUAGGUAGAUUUGCUAUCAUGUUUUCUUCAUAUGUUGGAAUCUUGAAGUGGCUCAUUAUUUUCCUUUAAUGGCUCAAUAUGUUGUUUAUGUUUGCCCCUAUGUGCACUCUAACGAUUAAAUCAUCCUGAUUUUUGACUAA